UCGUAAUUUUUUUAUUUCAGAUAUUAUACAUUUUGCAUAUGAAGGAAUCUAAAUUAAAGUCCAAACUGCAGUUAUUCCCAAUGGGCGCCCAGUGAGAGAGAGUGAGAAAGAGCGAGGGCCCCAAAAGCAGAGAGCGGAUUGCCCGGCGAGCGAGAGAGACAGCGUGUCUAUCCCCCACCACCCCCCUUAUCAACCAUUGACACUGCACUUUUGCGCGAGAGAGCAAAGGAGUAAAAAAGAGAGGGCGAACAACCGGCUGUUAGUUUGGGGCCGUGAGCGAAGGAAAGAGAGAGAGAGAGAAAGGGAAGCCUGGAAGCUAAACAACAAGAGGCAAACCAAACACACACGAAAGAUAACGACUUGUUUCAUUUGAUAUUCGCCAGCCGGCAGCAGCGGAACAAAAAAAAAAGUAGGAAAACACAAAUCGGACGCCGCAGCUGCGGACACCAAAUUAGAAUACUAACGGCGACAAGUUAUCGCACAAUUAGUACGCGGGCGAGAAUUGCUACCGAGAUACGUCGGCGGACACCCGAAAAUUUCCCAAAAACCAAAGUGCCGUCUCAAAAGAGGUAGUGGAAAUAGAGCUUAAACAUGUAUACAAAAAUCUUUCGCGCUGUGAUAAUCGGAGCCCCCGGCUCGGGAAAGGGAACCAUUUCGGAGCUGAUUUGCAAGAACCAUGGAUGCGUCCACAUCUCUACGGGUGACAUUCUACGCCAGAACAUCUUGAAGAACACGGAGCUGGGCAGAAAGGCCAAGCAAUUUAUCGCUGACGGUAAGCUGGUGCCGGAUUCGAUCGUGACCAAGACUAUGUUGGCCCGGAUAACCGAGGUGGGCAACAGGUCGUACAUCCUGGACGGAUUCCCGCGCAACAUCGCUCAGGCUGAGGCGCUGGAAGCCCGCGAGCAGAUCGAUGCCGUGAUCACGCUGGACAUUCCACACGAUGUGAUCAUCGAUCGGGUCAAGCACCGCUGGAUUCAUGCACCCUCCGGCAGGGUGUACAACAUAGGAUUUCAAGAUCCCAAAGUGCCUGGCAGAGACGAUGUUACGGGAGAGCCGCUGACGCAGCGCGAGGACGACAAACCACAUGUGGUGGCCAGGCGGCUGGAGCUCUACGAUGAACUAAUGAGUCCAGUGAUAGCCUGGUACGCCAAGAAGGGCUUGGUUGCCACUUUUAAGGGUCAAAAGACCAAGGAGAUCUGGCCACGGAUGGAGCUCUUCCUCAGGGACCGUAUGAACGCGUAAUGGGACCACCCGGACUUUCAUCCAUUGUGCACAAACUAACGAUAAACUGCUGUGUUCAAUUAAGUGCAUAAACAUAUUUAGAUAUAUAUAAUUGAGUACGUAUGUAAUAUGUAUGUUUGUGAGCCGGGUCGGAGAUAUGUAAUUAAUGUAAUUGCGAAGCCUUACGAUGUGCCAGCUGUCGUCAUGUAUUCCUUAUUGCCUCACAACGCAUUCCCCUCAUGAAAAUGUCUUGCAGCUCCCCCUUUUUGUUUAAGCAUAUUUUUGUACUUGUAGUCUGUGCUCUGAUAAUAAAUCGCGUUUGUUAUAUUUGCGCUGAUAACGUAA